CGAAUUGACAAUUUAACCUGAAUACUGUCAUAAAAAUUACCAAUUAAUUUGCUUCUUUGAAGACACCAUAAUUGCUGAUACAAGAGAGAUCAUGGUGAAAUAUUUGGAUAAUUUUGCCUCUGAAGCAUGACUGGCACUGCUACAAGUCCGUUAUCCAGAAAUCGUGCAUGAAUCAAUGAAUGGCAUCUUUUUAACUGAAGGAAGAACUCAAAACAUGGCAGAUAAAGCGGACAAACCUCCAUCUAAGAAGAGUGGCCCAGUAACUCUAAUUGUAUCAGCAGCCAGUGCUUCCCAACAACCAUCAAUGAGGAUAGCUUCUAGUAUUGGAUCAGUCAAAGAUCCAUCUGCGAUGCUUCAAUCAGUUAAAACAGGGCCAGGUACUGUCUUUAUUGACAUCUCACAGGCUAAAAAGCCAGCUGCAAGUGAGAGGAAGGCAGUGAACACCACAGCUAAAGAAACAUACACAUUGCAGAACUCUCCUACAAGUCACAGUCAUAGACCACCAAGUAGAUAUAAAGUGACUCCUCCACAAAGAAUGGCAACAAGAAGCAGAAAGGAUCUUCUGGUAAAGGAGCCUCCAAAGUCAAAGAAAAGGAAGUCUACUGCAAAGAGCAAACCUACUUCUAAAAAUCCUAAAACUCCUAAUACCGCAGUGAGUAGAUCAGGAUCAGCUUCAAAGACAGUGUCACCAAGGAAAAUUUUCAUGAACAAGAAAGCUUUGAAUUCCAAUCAGGUUGUUACAAUAGCCACUGCUAAAACACAUCCCAGUAACUCUAAACUGAAUCUCCAAGGUAGUUCAAGUACUGUUGAUGUCACAGUGAAAUGUACUCCAUCAAGAAGCCUCCCCAGACUAUCAACCUCCGAUCACCAUGACCAUAGCUAUGUCAACAGCGCCAGAGAUCUUAAAGAACUCAAAGAGAUGAAGGAUUUGAAGGCCAAGGCACUCAAGAAUGCAAAAGUGGUGGAGAAGUUGAUGAAAGAUCGGAGGAUGCUCAGGAUGAGGAAUUUCAGAGCAAAUAAAAAGAUUGAGAGACUCAAGAGGGCUGUUGAAUUAGAACAACAGAUGCACAGGGAAACCCGUCAAACCCUCAAAGCUGUGAUGCAAGGUUUGCACUUACAGUAUCCAGAGUAGAGUUACCAUCAAGGGUUGGCUUUUAGAUGAAAAUCAAGAGAAUCUGGAUCACCCUAAAAUGAGGUGAGCCUGCUUAUGUUGAAUCUCGUGGAACCACAAGACUCUAGUUUGAAAUUUAGGUGAAAUCACAUACUUUGCAUAAUCUCAUCUGAAAAAAAAUUAAAUUGGCAGGGAUGUUACUAAUAGAAGUUGAUGUAAGGAGACUUAUUCCCAGCCUCAUAAAACACUACUAAUGUGAUACUGAAUUGAAAGUCUCUUUGCAUCUCUUGUUUGCUUCAAACAUGAGCCAACUGCCAAAUUUGCUCAUAAAAUUGUAAAAUGGUAUUGGCUUUUAAAGCAUAAGGAAAGUUGCAUAAACAGUGUUUUAAUGAAAACUAUUAAUCAUCAGAAAAUCUUUAAAAAGCAUAUUCACUCUUGUUGGAUACUGUAGCUGAAAUAUAAAGACACACAUGGAAGCAUGUGACAUUUUACAAUAGUGAUUAUCAUUCAAUUUCAUUCUUUUUCCUGAACUCAGAGCAAUUUUUAGAUGGCUUUGAUUGCACUUGGUAUAUCUAACACAGGUGUGCCAAAACAUUCAUCAAGAAUCAAGAUGUCCAUCAUCUCUCAAAUUUAUCUCAUACUGAUUCGGCUGAGAUUACUUGAAAGGUAUUUGUAAGUGGGCAUUUGUUAACCUAUGCAUUUUAUGUUACAAUGUCGGUCAUUAUAAUAGGUCCAUCUAUCUUUUGCCUCUGUUUUUUUUUUCAUCUUGAUGAGAAGCAAACUUGAUAGAAACUUUGAUAAUUUUUGCCUUUAUCUUGCUACUCACUGGCUAAAUAAGAAACUAUAUUAAUUCUUUGUUUACAUUUUGAAACUGGCAUUAUAUUGGAUUCCAAAUGCAUGUUACAUCAACCUUUGUAUGGAAUUCUGAAGUGAUGAUGUUAAAAAAAAAAAGAAUUUCAGCUUUUUUAUAUAUCAUACCUGGAUGGAGCAUGCAAAAAAUAUAUCAACAACCCAAAUUUGGUGGGAAUCAGUCAAUGGGGGCCCAAGAUAGGACCUCAUGUGUGCAUAGUUAGCCCCAUAGAAGUUGAUGUAAAUUGGCUGGUCCAUUACAUUUGGAAUAAUGAGAAUAAUACAUUGAUUUCAGUGGAGCUAAACUAAUCAUGUAUGCAUGAGGUCAUGUCUUGGCAUUCAUGUACCAAUUCCCUCUAAGGUUUUGCUGUGGGUGCAUUUCAUCAUGCUCGACAAAAAU